CUGAUGUGUGACAACACUGUGAACCUGGCGUUAGAAAUCGGGUUGUUUGUCUCUGCCUUUCGGGGAGAUACUGCAAGCUGGAUGCUUAGGAGCAACGUAUAGGACUGAUUCUACGGCCUACAGUACAUGUUACUGUAAGACACGGCGCGUGACUGGUUAAACUUCAGCAAGCAGCAUGGACGAGGGACAAGUGUACCAAUCCUCACAGUUGUUAUAUGUCUAUGAUGAACUGUUCCCAGCUUUACCGGAAUCUGCCAACCCAGCUCCGGCAUCAGACCUUGGAAAAUGGAACAAUAAAAUGAGAAUUGGUUCUUCUGUAAUUACUCAGGUUUUUCGUGUACCGGCAGAAGAAAGACGUUUUGAUCACAAUGACAGCUUUGGUGAAAAAGAUUCAGUAAGGACAUGUUCCCAGAUCAUGAAGGAAACAGGAGCCCUAAUCGAGAUAUCAUCCAGCAAGGAUCAAUCCUUAACAUUCCUUGUCACUGGAAAGACAGAUAAUGUUAUGGAAGCUCGAAGGAAGAUCCUUAGCGUUUUUCAAACUCAGGCUAUGCAGAGACUUAGCAUUCCAAAAGAACACCAUCGCUUGAUCCUUGGUAAAUCUGGGGUUAGACUCAAAGAGAUUGAAAAGGUGACAUCAACUAAGAUACAUGUGCCCCUAAUUGUCGAUCCCUCAGAGGAAAUUACUGUCGUCGGAACUAAAGAGGGAGUUGAUAAAGCUAUCCAUGAAAUACAAGUCAUCUCUGAUGAACAGUCUAAAAAAGCUUUCGAACGCAUUUCCAUCCCUAAAGUUUAUCAUCCUUUCUUGAGUGGAGCUUAUGGUGAAAAUGUCACCUCCCUGAUGGCAACUACUGGCACCCGAAUUCAUAUUCCACCGCCGUCAGCCCAAGUUGAUGAGAUUACAAUCGCUGGUGAGAAAGAGGGUGUCGCAGUAGCCAAAGAUAGCCUGCUAUCUAUGUACGAGUCCAUGCAAGACAAGUACACUACAGUUUGUGUUGAGGUAAGCAAAAUGCAACACAAAUAUGUGAUUGGACCUAAAGGUACCGGAAUAGCGGAGAUCUUGCAAAGCACUGGCGUUAGUGUUGAAAUGCCACCUCUCGACUCUAGGAAGGAAACUAUAACACUCCGUGGACCACAAGACAAACUUGGAAGUGCCCUUAACAUGGUCUAUGGCAAAGCUAACAGUGUUCAAGCAGUAAUGGUGAAUGCCCCAUCUUGGAUUCAUAAGUAUAUCAUCGGCAGAAAAGGUGCCAAUAUUAAGCAAAUUACACAGGAUUUGAGCAAGGUUCAUGUUCAGUUCACUGAAAAAGAAGAUAAGAUAACCAUCGAAGGCCCUCCGGAUGAAGUCGAACAAGCAAGGAACAAAUUGAAAGAGCUUACAGCUGAAAUGGUUAAUAAGUUGACAUUUACCACCCUGACAGUUGACCCAAAGUAUUAUAAGCAUAUCAUUGGAAAGAACGGCGCAAAUGUGAACCGCCUGAAGGAACAGACUGGUGUAGUCAUCAAUAUUUCAGAUACUGAUCAGAAUGUGAUUCGCAUCGAAGGUGACAAGAACGGAGUUGCCCAGGCUAAACAGGAACUUGAAGAUAUGAUAAGCAAAAUGGAACUGGAAAAAGAAAAAGAUGUAAUAAUUGACUGUAAAUAUCACAGGAGUUUGAUUGGUCAAAAAGGAGAAAACAUUAGAGAAGUUCGAGAUAAGUUCAGUCAAGUGCAGAUUUUCUUCCCAUCACCUGAUCAAAAGAGUGACAUUGUCAAGUUGAGAGGUGUGAAGGAGGAAGUUGAUAAGUGCCAUAAGUAUUUGAUGAAGAAAGUGAAAGAAAUCAUCGAGAACAGUUAUCAAUUAGAAGUUCCUGCUUAUGGGUGCCACAAAUAUAUAAUUGGCAAGGGUGGAUGCAACAUUAAAAAACUACGAGAAGAGACAAAUACAACUAUUGAAAUGUUGUCAGAAGGUUCCAAAGCUGAUUUCAUUACUAUAACUGGAAAAAAAGAAAAUGUUGAAAAAGCAAAGGAAAUGAUAAUGAAAAUUCAAAAUGAACAGAUGAACAUUGUUCAAGAAGAAGUCGCUAUUCCUCCCAAAAUGUAUAACUCUCUGAUCGGAGCUGGUGGAAAGUUGAUCCGUUCCAUUGAAGAAGAAUGUGGAGGCGUUAGCAUCAAGUUCCCUCCUCAAGACAGCAAGAGUGAUAAAGUAACUUUACGAGGACCUAAAGAUGAUGUAAAGAAAGCUAAACAACUACUCCUCGAGCAAGCGUCCGAAAGGGAACUUCAUAGCUAUACCUCUGAAGUGAGAGCAAAGCCGCAGUAUCAUAAAUAUCUCAUCGGCAAAUCUGGUGCUAACAUCAACAGAAUAAGGGAGAACACUGGCACAAGAAUAAUUUUCCCAUCAGAUCGCGAUGAUGACAAGGAACUCAUCACAAUUAUGGGAAAACAAGAUGGAGUCGAGCAAGCCAAAGCAGAACUGUUGGCUGCUAUCGAGAAAAUGGAUAAUGUACUUGAAUCAGAAAUGAUAGUAGAUCAGAAACAUCACAAACAUUUUGUUGCUCGUCGUUGUGAAGUGUUGAAACAACUUGAAGAUGAAUUCCCUGGAGUGGCUAUAUCUUUCCCGCGAAAUGGUGUAAGCUCUGAUAGGGUGACCAUUAAGGGACCUCCGCAGCAUAUUGAAACGGUUAAACAGAAAAUAACUGAUAUCAUUAAAGAUCUAGAAGAAAGAGUGACAAUAUACUGUGAGAUUCCUCAAAAGCACCACAGAGCUGUGAUGGGUAACAAAGGAAGCAAAGUUCAGGAAAUCGAAUAUAGGUUUGAUGUGAAGAUCAAGUUCCCGGACAGAAAUGCCAGAGAAGAUGCUGGCGGAUAUGGAGAUGGUGAAUUGAUCGAAAACGUUGAACAUCCAGUGAUGAAUGGCGAUGCAAAUGGACCUGGCCCAUAUCCUGGUGACUUGAUUAGAAUUACUGGCAAACCCAGCAACUGUGAGGAGGCUGCCAAGGCACUCAAGGAGAGCGAACCAAUCGAAUACUUGAUGGACGUUCCUGCUGAAUAUCACAGAGGCAUUAUUGGACCAAAAGGACAAAAUGUCCGAGAUAUGAUGAAUUCAUUUGAUGUUUACAUUGACAUACCACCCAAUAAUGCUCAGCAAGAAACUAUCAAAAUAAUUGGAGCUCCUGCGGCUGUUGAAAGAGCAAAGGAAGGUAUUCUCGAUGAAAUGAGGAAAAUUGAUGAAGAAAAAGAGGAUAGAAAAUUGAAAUCAUUUAAACUAACUCUUGAAGUCGAUCCUGAUUACCAUCCAAAGAUUAUUGGGAAAAGAGGAAUUGUGAUUACAAAAAUACGCGAAAAACAUGGUGUUACUAUUAUGUUCCCUAGGCGUGGGGAUCCUGAUGAGAAUAUUAUUACAAUCCAAGGUUACGAAGAUAAAGCUCAUUUAGCUAAAGAAGACAUAUUAGCUAUUGUGAACCAACUGAAUGAAUUGACUAAAGAUGAAUUAGAAAUCGAUAGUCGUGUGCAUUCUCGUUUGAUCGGAGCUCGUGGUUGGUCUAUCAGAAAAAUCAUGGAGAAGUUCCAAGUGGAAAUCAAAUUUCCACGCAGUACUGAUCCAAAUCCAAACCUGGUGACUAUCAUUGGUCAGGAUGAAAAUGUUUUGGAUGCUAAAGAACACCUGAGGUCAUUGGAAGAUGAAUAUCUGGAUGAUGUCGAGGAGCAGGAGAUGCGCGAGGCUCGCACUAACCCACUUCGUGGAAAUGAUUCUGGCUCUGGUGGCGGGAACGGCGCCGGCGCUGCUGGGUUUGUGGUGAAAGGUGCCCCCUGGGAGGUGCCCGACACUGCUUCCACUCAGGAAUUUCCGACGUUUGGUGCCCCCGCGCCGGGCACCCCCGCCCCUUCCUGGGGCCCUAGGCGCUAGCUAUCAAAGUUCCCUGUUCUUCCUAAUCUAUUGCUAACCUCCUCUACCUUCUCUUAAAUAGCCUUGUAACGUACCUUAUUAAUCACAAUAAGUAAAAAAUAAAAAGUAAAAAAAAAAGUAAAAUACCUACUAAAAAAAAGAACUAAAAUGGACACUUUGAACUUUUCCACUGCUUGCUGAAUGGAAACGACCUUUGGCAGUCAAACGGACGAAUAAAAUUGAAAUUUUGGCUGAAUAAACGUAAACUGAGAAUCUUAUGUUGCCUUAUUAUUUUAUUUUUUCCUUCAAUAGUGCAAUAUGUCAAAAGUAAUUCCAAUUUUGCAAAAAAUAAAAUAUUAUAGGAAAGAACAUAUGUUUGUUUAAAACUUAAACAUAUAUGUUAUAUGAAUGAUAAUCAUCUCUUUAUAAAGGGAACUGUAACAUUCUAUUGUAUCCAAAUGAUAUGUAGAAAUUAGUUGUUACAUAUAAAUCAUCUUUCAUAUCACAUCUGUAAGUGUAUUGAUUUAUAUAUAUAUAUUAUUUGUUGUAUUUUUUUUUUUAAUUAUAGAUUAUAUAUGUGUAUGAUUUAUAAAGAAAGAUAUAAAACAAAAAAAAUAUAAAUUUGUUAUCAAAUGAAACAGACUGAAGGGUAUAUUGUAUUAUGGUGAAAUUUAUAGCGCUUUAUAUAUAUAGUAAGUUUAUCUGUAUAUAUUUACACAUAUACACACUAUAUAUUUAAUGUGUGAGUGUGUGUAUGUGUGUAGCGCAUUAGUUUUUAAUCACAGUGAAGAAAUUCACCAGGGCCGAUAUAAUAUUGUAUAAUUGUUAUGAAGACAAUAUUUUUUAACAAGAAAGGAUAUCUGGGGCCUCUGAAAGGUUGGAUAUUGAAAUAAAUUAAAUAAAUGACCAAAAAAUCGAAUGUUUUUUUUUUCUUACCCUCCCUUUUGUAUCUCAUUUGUUCUCUUAAAGAUUAUAUCUUUACUGAUAACAAUUUUAUAUAAUGUUAAUUUGUCUUCAAACAUAUAAAAUUAAUUUAAAGGCUGAUAAGUUGUCUGAAAAUAUAAAUAUAUGAAAAAUCUUAUAAAUUUAUUUCCAUUUGUAUGAACUGUAAUUACAGGCGGAUCUAUUUGCGAGCUGAAGUCCUCCCUCCCCCCUCCCCCCAAAUGGUAAAAUACAACUGUGUCUUAUGAAAAAUAUAUUUAA